AAACCGAAACCGGUUUGAUGGUCCCGGGCUGGGAAAUGUAUCUCAACCUACCUCAGCGGUCAACACAUCAGGAUGGACAUCUGGAUCACUCUCACCUUUUUCGUCUUGGCCGGUCUACUCACCUGGAUAUCCAGGAGAAGGACUUUCGUCCGGCCGGAUGGUGUGGCUAUCUUUAUCAGCGGAUGUGAUUCCGGGAUUGGAAGAAAACUUGCGGAAUAUUUCGCUGAAAUGGGAUGUUUAGUAUUUGCUGGAUGUCUCGAUCCAAACAACUUGAAUUCCUUGCCGGACAAUGUCCGGACGGUCAAGCUGAAUCUCAUGGACGAAGACAGCGUCCGGGAAGCGGUGGCUGCAGUGAAAAGCAUACUUGUAAAAGAAAAGAAAGAACUCUGGGCCCUGGUGAACAACGCCGGCGUGUGUGUGUACGGCCCGUUCGAGUGGCAGACUGCUCGACAGCGGGACUGGCAAGUGGACGUGAACCUCAAGGGGACGAUGAGACUCACACGAGAGUGCAUUCCAUUGCUGCGAAGAUCCAGAGGUCGCAUUAUAACUGUGAGUAGUGUCAACGGAAACAUUGCCUAUCCAGGUUUGGCAGUCUACAGCGCCACCAAGUUCGCCCUGGAAGGUUUCAGCGAUGCUCUCAGAAUCGAACUGGGUCCACGACAUGGGAUCCGGGUCAUCAUUGUCCAGCCAGGUGACUACGCCCGGAUCACCUCACUCAUGUCCAAUCACAAGCGUCAUGCCCUCGAAAUGUGGAAUGACAUGGCAAGUGAGGAACAAGAACAAGUGAAGACAGAGUUUCAAAAAUAUCAUGCCGCUGUUCUCCAGAAUUAUGGAUUAAGCAGUCCUACUUCUUGGGAGAGAUCGCCCCUCCUUCAGGAUAUGAAGGAGGCAAUGUUUGGUGAAAAUCCGUCCUCUAGGUAUCUGUCUGCCCCUUUUGCCCACAGACUAAUCUACAGAGCCCUGGCCUUGUCUCCUCAUCAGUACACAGAUUUUUUACUAAUCAAAAUAGCAAAGCUAGUGAUCGAUUCAGCAGAUAAUGGGAAAAACGUUUCAUCUCUUUAAUAUAGAUUUAACAUGGUACAUCUGCCAGUCUUGAAUUUUUUUAAAGCUAUAAUUCGAAAAAUUUAGUAUUUGAUUUCAGACAGUUAAGAUGUAACAGUUGGCAGGCAUCUUAGAGUCCGGUGAAACUGUCACGAUUUUAUCAAAGGACCGACCAUGUUUUCAAAUCUAACAAUUGUUAUUAUGUGAUAACAUUGUAUAUAGUCACAGACAGUUAACUUGAUAGAAUAAGAAAAGCAUCUUGGCAUAUCAUUGCUUCAAAGUAAAUAGUCCUUAAUGUGAUAUUCAAUGUAUUUAAAAGUAAACAAUUUAUUUGCGCAAAAAACAGUUUUAAGCAUCAGUAUUCUGAGUUAUGAAGCUCUUCAUUCAAAGCAUUAUUUAAUUUUUGGAGAUUUUUAGAUAAUUCUUAGAAACCAGUAUUCAUCAUUUAUUAAUAAUUCGCACGAAAUUCUAUGUUCUGUCAACUAGAGUUGUUAUUGACUGUGGAUGUUAUUAUUAUGAAAUAAACUGUGAGAUAAAAAAUUUGUUUGAUAUGCGAUGGCUUUUAUAAGUUAGUGGUUUCCCUCCUGUGUUGUUAUUAUCAUGCCUUGUAUAUGCGCACAUAAAAAAUGGAACUACUAUGUUACUUUUAUAGACCAUAAAAAAUGGUUACAAAUAUCAUAAGUUGAGUGCCUAUGAUAUGGGAGCGUAAACCUGAUAAACUAAAAUACCGGCACAUCGUUAUCUAAAUCCAAACAUUCUUCUCCGCUUAGAAACCCGUUUACCAGUCCUGGAGAUAGCGCUCUUUUUAUCGACCCGGUGGUUAAACGGGGACCUUGUAGAAAUCAGAGGAAUUUAGCUAAAGAGCCUUUUACAGAUGACUGCAAAAGUCGCUUAAAAUUAUAAUUAAAAGUGCUAUUGUAGGGCAUGACUUUGUUUGAGAUUAUAGAAAAAGAUUACAAACAUAGAUUCACUCCAAUAUGAGUGAUUUGGACUUGAGAGAAACUUUGACUGUCACGCAUGGAAAUGCAGCUCUCCUUUCAUUAUGGCCGAUGAAUGUUUGAGUUAGAAUCGAGAUUGGGCUCUUCAUCCGGUGUAGAGAUUUCUAGAGAAUUCCUAGAUGAAAUCUUCCACUUUAUUGGUUUUAUGAAAUUUUCCCGGUACUACAGAGAAUUUUAUUUUGCAGAAGCUGAAUUUUCUUAUUAUAUUUCAUAACACUCGUUUUGUCGCUUGAAAUAACUUUCAUUUCUAAUUAAAUAUUACAUACAGCCAACUAAAAGUUUUAAUCACUAAAUCAGGAAAAUUAUAUUGAUAUUCUACAUUUGAGGAAAUAUCUGUGUGGAAUCGCUCACAGUAUAAAUAUUUCAUUAGAAGGAAUACAGAGUAAGUAGAUAUGAAUGUUCACUUUCUAAAUAAAUUCUGUUCUUCGACUUUCAGUACAAUCGCUCAAAAUUUAUUUCAGUGAUUGCAGAAUCUUUAGAAUUUAGCGAAAAAAAAUAUCUAUUAAGAAAGGAUAUUUAACAAAACCAAA